AUGCUGCGAGUUGCCUAGUAAUUUGAUAUUGCUUGUGAAAUGAAGCGCGUACAUUAGUAACAUUCUCAGCGCCUACCUCACAGUCGAACACUUAUUGUCUAUUCACUUAUUCCUUUUCUGUGUCUGGAUUGAAAUUAUUUACUAUUUUCGGCAUCGAGCUCGGUGGUCAGGUGAUCACUGAUCGACCAAAGACUAGUUAGCAAGAUGGAGGAUGAGAUCAACAAUGCUGCAUUAAAGGAAGCCUUAGAAAGUGGCAUCGACCUACGUCAGUACUCUACUGAAGUGGAGCAAAAACUGAGACAGGUGGAAAAUGCAUCUAUUCAAGACUACAUCAAAGAAAGCAGAAAUAUCACUGAACUUCAUGGCCAGAUCACAGCUUGUGAUGAAAUUCUGGAUCGUAUGGAGUCGAUGCUGCAGACCUUCCAGUCAGAUCUGGGCAGCAUCAGCUCGGAGAUCGUUCACCUGCAGCAGCAGUCGGUCGACAUGAACCUGCGCCUCAAGAACCGGCAGGCGGUGCGCGGCCAGCUCAGCCAGUUCGUCGACGAUAUGACCGUGCCGGAGGCCAUGAUACGGCACAUACUGGAGACCCCUGUCACUGAGAGGGAGUUUCUGGAGCAGCUUUUCACUCUCGAUCACAAACUGAGCUUUGUCAAAGAGCAGAGCUUCAGAGAGGCGAAGUCGUGCCACGACGUCAGUGGUGUUCUGGAGAAGCUGAAGAUCAAAGCCAUCGCCAAAAUCCGCGAGUACCUCCUACAGAAAGUGCAGCAGUUCAGGAAACCGAUGACCAACUUCCAGGUUCCGCAAAACGCCAUGCUAAAGCACAAGUUCUUCUACAAGUUUCUGGUGGCCAACGAGCGGGAAGUGGCGCGGGAGAUCCGAGACGACUACAUCGAGACCAUGAGCAAGGUGUACUUCAGCUACUUCAAGUCCUACUCCACACGGCUCAUGAAACUGCAGUUCGAGGAGGGCCCGACCAAGGACGACCUGCUGGCAGCGGACGAGGCGGCCAGCCGCUCGCUGUUCGGCAAACCCUCCCUCCGUAACCGGUCCACAGUGUUCUCUGUGGGCUCGCGCGGCGAGGUGCUGAACGCCCUGGAGGCGGCCGUGCUGGUUCCGCACGCCGCGCACAAGGCAGACGCCCACUAUCCGCUCGAAAGCCUGUUCCGCAGCAUACAGUACGCGCUGGUGGACAACGCCUGCCGCGAGUACCUCUUCCUCACAGAGUUUUUCAUGGUGCACGGUAACGCGGCGCAGGAUCUGUUCGCCUCCGUGAUGGGGAAGACUCUACACAGCUGCGCGAAAUCGGUGGACGCGACGGUGACCGAGUGCCACGACAGUAUCGCGCUGUUCCUGUGCAUUCACCUGGUGCUACGCUACCAGCUCAUGUGUCACAAACGGGCCGUGCCGGCGCUCGACAAGUACUGGGACAUGCUGCUCAACAUGCUCUGGCCAAAGUUUUGUCACAUCAUGGAACUGAACAUAGCCAGUGUGCGCCAGUGUGACCCGUCCAAGAUCGGAACCAUCGACGUCCGGCCUCACUAUAUCACGCGUCGGUACGCGGAGUUCUCGGCGGCGCUGGUGGGCAUCAACGAGUCGUUCCCCUCGGAGCGGGUGCACCGGCUGCUGGCGCAGCUGCAGGCAGAGAUGGAGAGCCUGGUGUUGCGGCUGGCGGCAGAGUUCCGACGCAGGAAGGAGCAGCUCAUCUUCCUCAUCAACAACUACGACAUGAUGCUCGGCGUCAUCAUGGAGCGCACCAAGGACAACAGUAAGGAAUCGGAGACGUUUCGUGAGCUACUGGCCGUGCGCACGGCCGAGUACGUCGAGGAGACGCUGUCGCCCCACUUUGGCGGCCUGAUGCAGUUCGUCAGGGACGCCGAGGCCAUGGUGGAGCGCGGAGACGCGGAGGCGCUGAAGAGGGAGGAGCGCCGCAUCACCGAGCUGGUCCGGUCCUUCUCCGCCGGCUGGAAAAAGUCCCUCGAGGAGAUCAACAACGAGAUCAUGCGGUCGUUCACAAACUUCCGCAACGGCACCAACAUCCUUCAGGACGCCCUGAAGCAGCUCAUCCUCUACUACAACCGGUUCACCAAGAUCCUCGGACUGCAGGUGCUGAAGAGCCUGCCGGCGCGCGGUGAGGCCAUCAACAUCCACCACAUCAUGGUGGAGGUGAAGAAGUACAAGCCCAACUUCUAGCCGGAGGCCGCGGCUCGGGGACCUGGGCUUGUCGUGUGUGUGAGAGAGGUCUGCUGAGACGGUGACAUGAACGGGCGGGUGGUUGGAUCGGGGUGUGUGCUCGUGCAAUGUGAGUGUUCCGCCUAUAUUAUAUAUGAGUCAAGUGUAAUGCUGGUUAUAUUUAUUGUGUCGAUGCAUUGUGAUAAGAGCUAUAUUUGUGUCCUGUUAGUGAUACGCAUCUGAAACAUUCCUGUAAUAUAUUACACAGGCGGG